AUGAACCUCGUAUGAUUGUUCAUCAAGUCAUUCCAAUACGCUGAUAGAAAUUGGCACAUGAAAGUCUGCUGUGUAACACUGCUCAAUACCACGGCAUCUUUGCCAUUUCUCUGCCGCAGUCCUUCGGUGAAAAUACAUCUUUGAUUCUUCGACAGGUACUGAUAUCAUCAGAUGCGCAAGGAGCGGUUUUUGCAAUAACUUGUGGUAUAAAGAGGUUUAUGUAGUAGCGUUUAUUUGUUUCCUUUAUCAUCACUUCAGGAGUCGUUACUAAUUGAACCCGAAAGAUGGUGUCUACAAAUCACGUUUUCUCUGGGUUUGCAUUCAUCGGGUUUAUCAUUGUCAGCACUCUUCUACCACUCCAUAUAAAAGCUGGAAAUAUUGGUACAUGUGCUUUCAUCGUAUGGACAGGCGUUCUUUGUUUUAACGGCUUCGUGAAUUCAAUCAUAUGGGAUAAGAAUGUGACUAACUGGGCACCUGUGUGGUGCGAUAUAUGUGGGACCAUCGCCAUCCCGUCAGCGUGUCUAUGUAUUGCUCGUCAUCUAUAUCAUGUUACCAAAAAUAUAUUUGCGAAUCAGCGAGUUCAAGGCCAAUGUCGGGCAUGGCAAGCCAUUCUGUUUGACUAUCUACUUGUACUAGGAAUUCCAGCGCUAAUUGUCAUCUUUUCCUACGUCAUUCAAGUAAAUCGCUUUUACAUAUUCGAGGAAAUAGGCUGUUAUUACGCCAUAGGCUCUACUGUACUAACGUACCCUUUGAUUUGGGUCUGGCUAACUCUUAUAGCUCUUAUUACUGUCAUUUAUGCAGGUGCCACUGUUCGCACAUUGAUACAGCGAAGAUCCCGCUUCAAAGAACUCAUCCAGCGGCAUGAGCAUGUUCGGCGUCUGUUGGCGCUGGUCAUCAUGAUAUUCAUGUGCUCGUUUCCGCCAAGCUUGUGGUUGCUCGUGAGCGAUAUAGCCAACAAUCCCAUUUAUUCUUGGCGAAGCUGGGAGUUUGAGCACGCCAAUAUCUCUGAAAUUGUGCAAAUCACAGCCAAUACUUGGCAGGCAUCGGGGUCUCAGAGCGUUGCUGUUUUGCAGUUCACGCGGUGGGCCUAUGUGAUGUAUGCCGCCAUUUUCUUCGCAUUCUUCGGUUUCACUGCAGGAGCGAAGAAUCACUAUCGUCUUGCUUGUAUGUUCCCUGGCUCGUACCCUCAUGAACUAUCCGAAGAGGAUGUCAAGUCUAUUAUAGAAUCAGAACCAAAUUAG